AUGAUCCCUAUUUGGCUAACAUCGUUACCUUUCGGUAUCUGUGUGGCACAAUCAACAACGUUCUUUAUCAAACAAGGCGUGUUACUAAACCGCAAAAUCACCCAUACUUUCAUCCUCCCACCCGCAUCGAUAUUUGGCCUAUCCGCUCUCGGAAUUAUCGUUUCCGUAACAAUUUACGAUAGAAUCCUAGUCCCUUUGCUAAGGCGGGUAACCGGAACGGAAAGAGGAAUCAACAUCCUCCAAAGAAUCGGAAUCGGAAUGGUGUUUUCCGUCACAACAAUGGUCGUUUCCGCCGUUGUUGAAAGAAAGCGUCUAGCCGUCGUGGGAGACAAUCCGUUACACGGGUCGGCCGGAAUGAGUGUGUUCUGGUUAGCACCACAGUUUUUAAUCAUCGGAAUUGGGGAUGCGUUCACUUUAGUUGGUCUUCAAGAAUACUUUUAUGAUCAAGUUCCUGAUUCCAUGAGAAGCAUCGGAAUCGCUCUUUACCUAAGUGUGAUUGGAGCUGGAAACUUUAUGAGUAGUUUCUUGAUCACAAUUGUGGAUCAUGUGACUACAAAAGUGUCAGGAAAAAGUUGGUUUGGGAAGGAUUUGAAUGGUAGCCGUCUCGACUACUUUUAUUGGUUGCUGGCGGCAAUCGCUGCAGUGAAUCUGUGUGUGUAUGUAUUUGUAGCGCGCAGAUACUCGUACAAGAACGUACAGAAAUCAACGACGGUGGCUGUGGCCGAUUGCUACCAAGGUCACGGCCACGUGGCAAGGGCUUGA